AGAUGAUGCAAGGAUUAAGUCAACUCAGACUUUCAAAAAGUUGGUUAAUUCGAAAUGGUCGGAACUUGUGUCUCAUGGUGCUUUAACCACUUUACAUGAAGGUCAUUUUAAUAAACCAUCCACCCUUCCGUUUACAGAAGAUGUUCAGCGUCUUCAUCAACAUCUCGAAACAGUCGCUGAUUUAGCUACUGACAACUUGAAGAAGACUGCUUCAACAAAAGUCUAUGGAGAACUGUGCAGAUCGACUCUUGCCAAAAUUAUUCUGUUCAAUCGACGACGUGUAGGAGAAGUUGCAAGGAUGCAAUUAAAAUGUUUCCUGGAGAGGGACACAACUCCUCUUCACAAAGAUGUUGCUGUUGGCCUUACAGCAUUUGAGCAGAAACUUUGCUCACAUUUCAGUAGAGUAGAAAUUAGGGGGAAAAGGGGGCGUAAAGUAGCAAUUUUGCUAUCACCAGACAUGGUCGAUGCUUUAACACUUCUGAUAAGCAAAAGACAAGAGUGUGGAGUUCCACAAGACAAUACAUUUCUUUUUGCAAGACCCAGAUGUUUGACUUCAUAUCGAGGUCAAGACAGUCUACGGAUUUACGCAGAAGAGUGUGGUGCCCAGAACCCUGAGCUCCUCCGGUCAACACAGCUGCGCAAGCAUGUAGCAACAUUAUCACAGGUCCUGAACUUAAAAAACCAUGAGUUGGAUCAAGUGGCAGACUUCUUGGGCCAUGAUAUACGUGUCCACAGGGAAUAUUACAGGCUUCCAGAGGCUACAACCCAGCUGGCAAAAAUUUCUAAACUUCUUCUUGCCAUGGAAAAAGGUUCUCUUACAAGUCUUCAAGGCAAAUCACUUGAAGAAAUUGACAUUGAAGAAACCCUAGACUUAACUGAUUCAAGUGAUGACAGUGAUGCUGAGGAGGCAGAUCAGCUAACACAAAGUGAAAUUGAUGAUGACCCUGCCUUAGAAAGCACAGCUGCAGCUGUUUACCAAAAAAGUAAAAAGAAGAAGAAGUCCAGCGAUAGGGAAGAGCAUGAACAAGCUGCACUAAAGCGAGUUAGGCGACCUGUCGAGGAUCUUCCAGGCACCUCAGAUGAUGAUGACCCUGCCUUGGAAAACACAGCUGCAGAUGAUGACCCUGCCUUGGAAAGCACAUCUGCAGCUGUUUACCAAAAAAGUAAAAAGAAGAAGUCCAGCAAUAGGAAAGAGCAUGAACAAGCUGCACUAAAGCGAGUUAGGCGACCUGUCGAGGAUCUUCCAGGCACCUCAGAUGAUGAUGACCCUGCCUUGGAAAGCACAUCUGCAGCUGUUUACCAAAAAAGUAAAAAGAAGAAGUCCAGCAAUAGGAAAGAGCAUGAACAAGCUGCACUAAAGCGAGUUAGGCGACCUGUCGAGGAUCUUCCAGGCACCUCAGAUGAUGAUGACCCUGCCUUAGAAAGCACAGCUGCAGCUUUUUACCAAAAAAGUAAAAAGAAGAAGUCGUCCAGCAGUAGGGAAGAGAAUGAACAAGCUGUCGUUCCUGUAAAUCCUGCUGAAAAGAAGAAUGCCAGAAGGAAACAAAAACAGCAAUGGUCUCCAACUGAAAUCACAGCAGUAAUGAGACACUUUAAAAAACAUAUUACACAGGGAAAACUUGCUACUAAAAUUGAUUGUCAGCAGUGCAAGAAUGCUGAGCAUCCUGCAUUGGCUAAUCGGUCUUUACAAAAUAUUAGAGACUUCGUAAGAAAUAGGGGUCUGACAGAGAAGAGAAAGAGACAGGCACAAAACAUUUAGUGUUCUGAUGGUGGUAAUUUUGGUUUUAUAUGUAUGAGCAAGGUUAUACAUUGUUAAUUUUAAAGUUCAUUGCUUUGUUAAUUUUAGGUUCAUCAAAGGUAAAUGGUACCUCAAGGCAUUUUUGGUUAUUUUUUAUUUUUUUAUUUGAAAAAGUAAAGUACACAUUAAACUUUGCUACUUGUUACCAUACUUGGUGUACUGUUAUAUGUUCUUGCAUUUUAUAUAUAUAUGUAGGAAAACAAACUAUGAUUUGAAAUAAGUU